AUGGACAGCGUUGCUAUCCGGUGGAUUGUGACAGCGAGGCGUUCCCGGCGACCACCGCCGCGCCAGCAUGCUCUUGAAUACGCGGCCGCCGAGGCCCUAAUUCUGCUUGCCAACUCCGACGGCGGAUUCUGUUCGAAAUCAACAAUCGUUCCACCCAAGAAACACCAAGAAGUCCUUGAAUCCGUCGCCGUGGUGGUGAAAAAGCAAGAGGCAGGGUCUCCUGAUACGCCUCUGACGGCGACAGACUACUACUGUUGGUUCUGCGAUAAGGUGUUCGAAUCCGCGCAGGCACUUGGCGGCCACAAGAGCACUCACCGUGUUAAGAAGGAAAGGGCUCACAAAUGCUCCUACUGCAAUCAGACGUUCCCCUCCGGCCAGGCUCUGGGUGGCCACAAGCGGAAGCACUAUGAUGGACCUACACUCCCCAGAAAAGCCGCUAAGUGCAGCGUUGCCGCCCACGCCGGACUAGCCUUCGACCUCAACCUGCCAGCGCCUCAAGAAUAG